AAAUUUAAAAUAAAUUUGAGAGAUUAAAGAACAAUCGACAUACAUUGACAGUACUUGUAAAUGUAUGAGCCAUAUCUAUAUAGAUAUAGCGAUGUUCCUGCCUGUGUUGUAAUUGCAACAUUUGGUUGUCACAAAACUUGAAUGGGAUUCAUUAUCGUUAAAUAAGAUUUCUUCCGGAAGAUUUUAUACUUAACAACUUCAAAAUGAUCAUUAAGAAAAUAGUAACACCUAAUAUCUUCCAUAAAGUGAAACAGCUAGAAUCACUUUCUAAAACUACUCUUUUUGCAAACUCGUGUAAACCACCUCAGUUUGGCAGAACAUCAACAACCCUUACAAAUUUUAAACAAUGUUUAAAUUCUAAUGCUACAAAACAUGAAAUUAAGUACUGUUUGACAAAGUUUCCAGUCAAUGGAACUGUUAGUACUCAAUUUAAUCGAAAAUCAAGUGGAAUUACUGGUGAUCAUGUACGUCUCUGGGUUUUUGAAAAAAUUGCCUCAGCUGCACUUCCUAUUGUAAUUCCUGCUGCAUUAAUGAUGGAAAAUUCUAUUCUGGAUGGACUAAUGUCUGUUCUAAUUGUAAUGCAUACGCAUUGGGGUCUAGAGGCAAUGGUUACAGAUUACGCACGUCCUAUUAUCCUUGGACCAGUAUUACCAAAAGUUUUGCACAUUUCAUUAAUAAUCCUUUCAGCAGUUACACUUUGUGGAUUGUUCGUACUUAUAAAUGAUGGUCCUGGUGUUUCACGGGCUAUUAAAGAUUUUUGGGCUAUUGGUAAAACACCACCAAAGAAGGAGGCAUCUGCUGAGGAGUAAUUGUAAUUUUAACACUUUAAUAGAUGAUUAAUUUAGGUACUUUAUAAUCAUAUUGUAAAUUAUUUCAGAAUAAAUUCUUUAUCCUUAAAGAUGUA